AUGAAUUUGCCUUUCUUCGGCAUUGGUGGCACACCAUAUUCUGGGUCUGAGUCUGAUGAACAGAUACCAGUAGACUUGAUAAGUAUUGAUGAGAUCCAGAGAGCAGCUCAAAGAGAUUACCCGAAUGAAAGUUCCGAGAUUGCUCUUGCGAAGUACACCAUCGGAAACUUGAUCAGAGAUAUAGAGUUCGAGAAGAGCGGUAGUCGGUUUGUUUUUGACCCUAAUAUAAGACUCUAUUACGAUAAACAACAGCGUCGUGGCGAGCUAGUUACCUUCUUUUUUAACUCGGAGUAUCGCAAAGCACCUCGGCUCAAUGAAGUCGAUAGAACUUCUAACUUGUUAUUGCGUUGUCGUCAGUCGCUUUGUCUAGACCCUGGAGAUUCUUGGAAUCUACCGAUAUCUCACCCUCGUCAUAUUCUGAAGUUUCCAAAAGAAAUUAUCAGCAGAAUCCUUAAUUUCAUUCUCGUUCUAGAAGAAGAACAAGGCUCCUUGGUCCCAGACGCAAUUACCUGUAACCUCAACAGCCAGUUCCUCUAUCGAAAACCAGACUACAGUGUUCAUUAUUCCGAAUAUAUUGGUCCUAUAUGUCAAACGGAUCCCUGGCUUUACUCGCAGUACUCGAUUCGAUUCCGAAGAAAAACCCACAGCUUUUGCAAGCUCGAAACAGGCAGUCAGACAUUGUUGAAAAUGAAUCAUCUAGUUGACGAUCGCUUCAUCGACGCAAGUUGUUUACGUGUCUUUGGAAGCGCGUGCAUGGUAGAUGAAAGUAACCCCAGAAAAAGAAACCAGUAUGCGAAAUUUCGGACGCCUGAUCCAAGUCUGCUCUCUCUCAGUGAUUGGAAUAAUGAAAUUGGUAAAGGCAUUUCUCAAAUCAAGGAUCCUUCCUCGGUAGACCGAAUGAGUUGGCUGUACUACGACCCAUUUCUUCGAUUUCUUCAUUCUAUAGGUUUGAAAAAUGCAGCCUUCUUGAAAACGCUUCAAUUUACUGGAAUAGCCAGAACUUAUACAAGCCAUUUACCUAGAGAUCAUAUUGCCGCCCUACCGUCAGAUGACAUACGACCUAUUUUACAACUUUACGUCAAAUUUAUCAACCAACUUUGUCCAGGAAUACAGCAAAUCACUUUAAACAUCCAUCCAGAAGAAAGGGGGGACGGAAAUCUCGAAAAGGAUCUAUCUCUACUCUUGGGAGAUCAUAUCAGGGAGCUGAAGACUGUCAAGACAUUGAUAUUACGUACUGCUGACAGUAGUCAGUCUGAGAAGUACGUUUCCAUGAAAUUUCCCCUUGCAACAGAGACAAUGCAAUGGUUUACAGACAGAACAGCGAGAAGAGUAGCUGAGGAUCGCAAACUCGCAGGAUUUAUGCUUUAG